AUGAGUGAUCUCAACCCCAUCAAGCGCAUCACGGCCUCGGCGAAGGAAGACAUUAUCAUCGACCUUAGCGAAAGUGUUGAGCCUGAAUCCAUGGAGCUUUACGAUGAUAAUCCGAUCAUCUCAGACCACCGAGAGAAGAGGUCUCUUCCAGAAGGAUUCCGCUUCAGCCUUCAACCCGGUGGCGACAUCACCGACCUCUUGGCCAUGGAAAACGACCAGUUCGCGAAAACUCGUACUGUCCAGCAAAUGGACACACCAUCCGCAGUAGAGCAGAUCAACAAUCAAGCCACCUUCAUCGCCCCUACAAUGCACGAGAUGGCGCUGUAUGACGAUCCCACGUCAGAAAUAUACCGCCGUAUGUUAGAAAUUGGCGAAAGUGAUGCAAUCAGAUCAGCCUCCAACGAAUAUCCAGGAUACAUACCAGCUGUUGCAUCUACACCUUCUCAACAACAGCGGCAACCACAACACGUGCCAGACUGGGUCAGUCCUACAGAGAAGAUGUUGUGGACCGCCCUCGCAGGCAACAGUCAGCAAGCAAGAGUCGAAGCUGACGACAUAUACGGCAAUGGGACCGAGAGCCUUGCUAGCCAGUCUCUGAAUGCCGACUGGUCAGGCGCCCGCCAGUCGUAUAUGCAGAACCUGCCCCAUCGACCAGCACUGGUCCAUCAGCAUCAAGCUUUUCAGCAACUAUUACAGCAACCAGUACUGCAGCAGCAGAGCUCCUCAAUCCGACAAAACAAUAAACGCAAGCGCAAGGUUGAUAGAUCCGCCAGCUUUACUCGCGCUCCCAAGAGGGGCAAAAUCGUUAUCGAGAGGGCCGUAACGGAGAAUGGCGACCGCAGAGUCAUCACAAGCGUCGUCACGCCAGCAUAUGCGGCUGCAGUGGAGAAGAACGAAAAAGACCUCUGCAAAAAGGUCAAGAACUCUAAGAGGCAAGGCUUGGCGAAGGGUCUCAAAGCAGCAAGAUACCAGAAGCGCUGCCAUGGCGACAGUUGUAAUGAGUUUGAAACGGAAUGCCGCUGUCCAGGAGGGUUUGUAAACUAA